CUCAUACCCACACGUCGCUCGCAGCGCUAAGUUCUCCCGCACGCGUGCUAUCGUAAAUAUUACUAAAUAAACGUUAUCAAUCUUAUCAGUGCCGAAGAUGGUGCUUUCCGAUUUCUUGACGGAGACCAGAAGGCGAUGGCUUAAGGCCUUCAAACUGUUCAAGAGGAACAAGAGCCGUAAAAACACGCGCAACCGAAUAUCCCCCGAGCUGUCGCGGUCUCCGUCCUACAGCGGCACGGUGGACGCGCGCUCCGACAUCGACAUCCAGCGCUUCUGCGCGUGCCGGGCCUCUAUGCCACCCCUGCAUAUCUCCAGCAACGAGUCCUACGAGAACAACUCCUACUACAGCAGCUACAACAGCUACAAUAGCUCCAGGAUCGACAGCCUUGAGAGCUACGGCACCAACGAGUCCAACAGCGGCAGUGCUCGCUCAGACUCCGCCUACGACUCCGCCCGCUCCAGCCCCGAACACGCCAGGGUCUGCUACGCCACCGUCACGUACUUCAAUGUAAACGACAGUGAGGACAGCAGCAGCAUCCGGACGGAGUACACGCUCCUCGAUGACGCAGAGGCUGACCGAAUGAAUGACCUGGACGAGAUGGAACACGUGGACGAAGACGAACGAACGCAGAACAUGAUCAACGAGAGCAUUGAGCUGGUGAGCACGUUAUGAGCUGACUGCCUCGGACUGUACUACUGCUCGUAAGCUUGUUUUAGUUAGGAUAGUGAUUGAAGUUAUCCGAAUUUGGAAUCGUGUGUGAUAUUCGGUGCGUGAUCGAUAACAUGUGAUGAAAUUAUGCAGUUUUGAUGGACAUGUGCGAGUAAUUAAUAUUGUCGUUAAUAAACUCUUCUUCCACAAGUUAGUGUACUGUAUAUUUAUACUCUAAUUUUACUUUGCAAAGUAAGUUGAUUACACUUUUGUUUUUAUAGAGAUUCACAAAAAUCUGAUAAGCUCAUCACAUUCUGGUAAAUAGCAAUUCUCCGCUUGAAAGAAAAUCUCUUCUGCUUCGUAUCAUUUCAAAUGUUGAACAGAUUAUGGUAAUUGACCAAUCAGCUUUUACUUAAAGCCCUAUUAUUGACCAAUCAGAGGGACGCUUCAGCGAAUUUGGUCCGCGACGAUUUUAUUGAAACAUUUUCUCCGGACGAUAUUGCUCCCUCAAGCGCUUCAGCGCUUACAACGUUACAUAUUGGAAAACGGAAUUGACAUCUUUAUGUAAUUUUAUACCUAUUUUUAUGUACGCUUUCUGAAAUAUGAUUUUAUUUGUAACAGCGACAUGUGUUAGCUUUAUUUAGUUAAAGAGAUUCUUUGAAGUAGGAAGAAAACAAUUUAGUUUAUGUUCACUUUCUACAUUAUGUUUUGCAUUUAUGGCUUAAGUAUCUUCGCUGUACAAUUUAUUAUAAAGUUAGUUAAUACCUAGCUUAUGAUCCAGACUUGAUGUCGUUUGUCCUGGAAUUAACUCAAACAAGACAUGAGAAAACUUUAGAUUGAAGUGGCUGGAGUUUAAGCUAGUUGCAAACUGAGAUGUAGUCUUGUCUUCAUUUCAAUUAAUAUUCGGAGUUUUGCGAUGGAUACAGAGAAUGAAAUAAUUAAUAAGUUUUGAACGUGGUCAGGAGAAACCACGUGUACUUACUUCUAAAGCAGUUUAAACAGUUUUGAAAAUGUUCUAUUCUAUAUUAAUUUAGCUUUUGUUUAUGUAUUGAACAAUCAUGAAAUACUCACUUUAUCUAACCAUUCUGGUUUUCUAAUCUAGCAUAUAUUUGAUAUUCAUAUUCCCUAAAGGAGGAAGUUCUUUGAUGAUGCUUUAUUUUUUAUUGGAACAUGUCAGUCAUAUGUCUUGCUAAAGUUUUUUCAAAUUCAUAAUACAAGUGUUUAUCUAUCGCUCACGAUUUGUCUCCAAAGUGUUUACCAAAGUUAAUGUGAUACUAUAAGAUUAUAAUAUACGUUAAGAUAUUAAAAUUAUUUAGUUAAUUAUGUCUGUUGAUCUCAAUGGUGUAAAUUAUAAUUAAGACGCGUCACUUGGCUAUGCAGAAUGCAGAAUAUCUACAUGUAUGACGUCAGAGGCAACUAUUUUUUGCUAAUCUUGUGACGCAAAUAACGUAUGUACCAGAAACAUUUUCAUAAAUUAGAAUAAAUAAAAUUUAAAGUUUUUAAUUAA